AGAAGACCAUAUCACAAAGGAAGUGCGAAAUUGGGACUUUAAAGGGCGUCCAAGAGGGCUUUAGAGCGUAUGAGUAAAUGCUUUUAGAUUCUCGAAAAUGUUUAAAAUUUCGAGAUCCUUUGAUUCUCGGGUCAAAGCGUCAGCGCUAUGCUCGGGGCGCGGAGUGAAAACUAUUUCAACCAUCGGACAGAAACUUCUCUUUGCGGCUACACAAUUGAGAAAUCGGACCAAUGAAUCGACAUUAGAUAUAUCUAUGGAUAUUCACUGAUAACCCUGACACCUUAACGUUUGAUAUUUCGGAAUUUUUAUGCAGUGGUACCUGCAAUUAUCAGGGUCUUUGAGCAAACUACACAGCUUCCCUAGUAGAAUAAAUUACUACUCUCGGUUUGCUCUAUCCUAAUCACCCUAGUAAAGCCAAUGUUUAAUCUCAAUUCGUUCAAAACUUUGCUUGUCUGUAUAGUCAUCACCACCUUGAUACAAUACAUUGGGGCGACAACAUAUGCUCAAUUCUGCUCAGACGAUUCUUGUGAAGAGAAUUGUGGUACGAGCGUAUCUGUAGACAACUCUGACUGCUUGGUAGAGAGUGGACGUGGAAGUAUCAAGUUUCACGAUUUGAAUUUUGGAUCCGUCAGUCUGAUCGCAACAAACAAUGAUCAAUGCAGCUGUCAGUCUCACUGUUAUCCGCACAUUAUUAAAGGUACAGCAUCACCUCCUGGGUGCUUCAAUCUGAAAGAUCCAAUGAGACAAUUCAAGUCGUUCCGCUUCGUUAAUGUUGAUUUAGCGGGUGGCUGCAGCAAGGAUGAGAACACAUGCGAUGGCAGUGUAUAAAUUGAAUAUAGAAAUUAUGAUAUUGUAGCAAACAUGCACUAAUAAGCAAACCUUCGUGACAAC